AUAUUUUAGACACCGGACACGAGUUUAUAAUGCCCCUUGACCAUGUAACAUUGCAAUCCAAGUGCUGUCAACUUUUGCCCGCCACAAGAACUCGGGAAUACUCCUGCACAACUCCUGCAGGUUGUAGCAUCUCUUGUUGCCCAUGUAGACAUGUAGAAGCUUACUACUUAUGUCCAUCCAGCCUCCAACCCACUAUGCCAACGACUUGCUUGCAUACAUGUCGUAACAAGGAAUACCAUCCACCACGGGCAUCUUUCUUACCCCCCGAAUUGAUUGACCAUAUCAUUGGCUAUCUGCACGAUGACCAUGCCAGUUUGAAGCAAUGCGCCUUAACUUGCCAUGCCCUCCUUCCUCGAGCUCGGUUCCACCGGUUCUUUUCAGUGAAGCUAGGACAAUAUACCUUUGAACGAUUCCUACAACUCCUGGACGCGAGUCCAGACAUAGCGUUAUGCGUCAGGAAUCUCACGAUAGUGGUUCAGCAAACCAAUGCGUUCUUCAGCACUUACGACAACGAACUAUGGGUUGAGAAACAUCUACUGAAGCUGGCUCCCAGAUUUCGCUCCAUUCAGAAGCUCGAGAUCCGAAAAUAUAAUACCCUGAAGGCGGCACCUUUCAAAGCCUUCACGUCGGUGAAAGAACUCGUCCUACGCCAGUGUUCAUGUUUCUCCAUGCAUGAGUACACGGACCUCAUGAGCUCCUUCCCAUCCCUGGAGUCCUUCAUGAACGUGGACGUCAUGGUAGGCAAAAGCGUACAUAUCAACGACGCCGUUCAAGACGCCCCACCGUUACGGGCUUUAGAGUUCGUCAAUUGCAAAGUGGAUCCCACAAUGUUCGUGGACUGGCUCAUUUCCCAGUCUGUACAACAACACGCCGAAAGAAUCACCUUGGCACCCAUGCAAAAGCAGGCGUUGAUACCGGUCGGACGCUAUUUCAAGUCUGCUGGGGCAUCUAUCAAGCAUCUACGGCUUUGCUUGGUGCUUCUGCUUUCACAAGGAGGUAUCUCUGACGAGUGUAUAUCCGAGUUCUCUCUUGCGCCCCUCGUCGGUUUGGAAACAAUUGAAUUUGGGUCUCCGGCCGCUUUCGCGAGACAAUACCAAGCGGACGAUCAAUCAUUCACUUGGAUCGCUACUAUGCUCGAGCAGAUUACUUCCCCUCGCAUUCGAACGGUUUCUUUCGCGUUAUGGCAGGGCGAUCUUGAUCAAAUACAAUCGUCCGACGAUUGGGAUAAGAUCACGGCUUUGCUCUCUUCCGAGCAGUUUAGAAGUCUUCAAGGUGUCGAGUUCCAUAUUCUGGCGAAUGAUGAAGAGAAAGAAAAGAUGGUUUCGAUUUUAGAAUACAGGCUAUCAGGUUUGAAGAACAGGGAGUUGUUGAAGUUUGACCUGAACCCUUCAAAGGAGCGGUACUUUCCUGGGCUUACUACUACUACUCCACGCAGUCUUUAUCAAUGACAAUCCCCAAGUCCUGUGCUUGCACGCAUAGACGGACAUUCCUGCAAUCAUAGACAGACCAACCACUAGGACACCGUUUGUAUCAUAUCAUGUGCUACGUAUUGGAUAUUAUACUGUACCUACACAUAAACUGAUCAUGAGGCCGUCAGCUUCCAACGAUUGAUAUCCUUCCCAAUCCUCACACAGAGUGAGUCCACCUCAAAUAUACCCACAAUUGGUGUGAGCAACGUAGGACCGAAUUCCCUCUUCAGCGUCGGCACGAGCUCUUCUGGAAAUCGUUCGAUAGUCGAGAAAGAGUCCUCGUUACCAGACCUCAAUUCGUCAGACAAGGAAGUCUCUUCUGGAGUGGUUGCUUCAGAUGUAGGUCUUGUGACUGGCGUCGAAGGGCAAGACAUAAGUGCCCAGCCAAAUGACGCAUGGAAACGAGGUUCGCUGUAGAACUCUUUCUGACGAAUGGCACGGAGCGUUGGGAUCAACGCUUCGGAUAUAGUCCGCAG